UCCAGCCCAGCCACCCCCAUCCAGCAUCAUCAGACCCCCCGCCAUUCCUGCCACCCCUCCCAACCAGGGGUAUCAUCCCCACAGUCCUGCCAUCCCCCUACCAGAGUCAUCAGCCCCCUAUCUGUGCCAUCCCCUUCCCAGCCCUGCCAACCCCCACCAAGCCCUGCCACCAUCCUAUUCCAACCAGGGCCAUCAGCUCCCCCAGCCCAGCCACCCCAUUUCCCCAACUGCCCCUUAUGCCAGCCAACCAAACACUGCCUGAUCUGGUGUAGGCACUCUGGCUGUCAGGAGUGAUGGGGUGGGCUCACAUGGCGGUGUCUUUGUAGCUCAGUGCAGGGGGGAGGUUUAUUGCAUGAUUCCCCUGGGGAUGGGGUGUGCCAGGCUGGGGGUGGUGUGAAGACAGGUGCUCAGGAGGUGGGGUGGCUUGGGGAGAGGGGCCAGGAGCUGAUGCGAUGCCAACGGCGAAGGGCAGAGUUGUGAAGGGCCCUGAAGGGUUGGGGCAAGAAGCUUGAAAUUGGUGCAGUGGAGGAGCGGGAGCCAGUGGAGGAAGUCAAGGAGGUGGAGGUGACAUGAAGUGCCAGCUUCACCCCAGACCACCAGCCCUUGAUGGAGGUGUCCAAUCCCACCACGCUGAAAAUGGAAGCAAAUGUGCUAGUUAUGGGAGCAGAGAGCGUGGGGAAAUCAGCCUUGACGGUGCGUUUCCUUACCAGGCGAUUCAUCGGGGAAUAUGGAGACAUGGAAUUCAUCUACAGCCACAGCCUGGCAAUGGAGGGCAGAGAGAUCCACGUCCACAUAUGGGACGUCCCCUGUUCACAGGACCGGGUGGAUGAGAGCUCUGCCAAGGAAAAGCGAGUCCAGUGGGCAGAUGGCUUUGUCCUGGUCUACAGCAUCUGCGACCGUGCCAGCUUCAACAUGCUGCGCCCCAAAGUCCAGGUCAUCAAGGCAGCCAAGGAGGCUCUAAGCCAGGAGAAGGUGCCCAUCGUCAUUGUGGGCAACAAGCGGGACCUGCACCACCGGCGGGCAGUCUCCAGUGAGGAGGGCCGGCUCCUGGCGCUCUCCAUGGACUGCAAGUUCUAUGAGGUCUCUGCAGCUGAGGCCUAUCAUGGAGCACUCAUGGUCUUCCAGGGGCUGGCGGAGCGCAUCUGCGAGGCCAAGCUGGCACUGAAGAAGGGAACUGGGAUCCGCAGCAUUGUCAAAAGCAUGUCGGCUGUGUUUGCUCGGAAGAGGACGGACUCACUCUGAGCUGGAGCCUGUGUGUUACUUCCCCAUGUGCUGCCAGCUGGAAACACCAGAGUGCCCAGCCUCCUUCACUAGACUAACCCCUCCUACCCCAGUGACUGUGAAAAGAGCCAUGUAGUCUAUUUGGGGAGUCAAAUGGAUUCCCCCAACCUCACACCUGAGAGCCUCAGGAAAAUAGCUGAAUCUGCCCCUGCUAACCUAUAUACCAGUGCAACCUGGGGCCUUUUAUAAUUCAACACUUAGGAGUCUGUAGUGUCCAACCCCAGGGGGUUGGGCCCUAUUAUACAGUUACUAGCAUGGUGUCCAAUCUAGCUAUAAAUGCGCCACCUCUGGGCUCCCACCCCUUCCCUUGAGGAGCAGAUUCCUCAGCCAGGUAGUCUGAAUUUUAUGUAUAUUACAAUAGCAUCCAGAGACUCCAGUCAGCAUUGGGACCCCAUUGUGCUGAGCUCACAGUCUCUCUUAAGUCUUCACUCUAAAUAAGUCCCCUCCCAAAUAUUGGAAAACACCAGAGCAUCUUUCUGCUGCUUCUGGGCGUAUCUUACCUCCCCCAGUUCCUUUGGAGGGGAGCUGCCACUUCCUCUCAGUAAAGAUGAGUGGGAAGGACCAGCUGUCCCCUAACCCUCUGUUCCAGUCUCAGCUGGGAAUCUAGGAGCAAUAACUUGGGCAUGUGGCUAUUUGUAUCUGUCUUAGGUAGUUAUUAUGGUCUCUAUUACCAUAACACCUGAGCACCUCACAAGACUGCUGUGAGGUGGGGCAGUGCUAUUAAUCCUAUUUUACAGAGGGGGAACUGAGGCACAGACACAUUAAAUGACUUGCCCAAGGUCACACACAGUCUGGUAGAUAAGGGAAUUGACCCCUGGUUUCCAGAGUCCCAAGCUAUUGCUCUGACUCGUGGACCCUCCUUCCUUCCUUUUCACAGGGAGGUGGUCCUGGGUAAUGCUCCUUGUAAGCCUCUCUGAUGCUGAUGUGGUUCUGGAGUGGCUAGUGGGCGCAGUCCCCAUGUACAGAGGGUGGCGUCUAUGUCUGCCCCUUGGUGUUUCUCAGCAUCUCGGAUGUUUAUCUUCAGCUGACACCAAAGCCCUUGGGAUUCAGGGAACGUUGUCAGCCUCUGGUUCUGUCCCUCUUCUCUGUGCAGUCUCGACUAGUUACUGAGCUGUCACGGUGCCUGGCGUUGUCUGUGCUGACCAGCUCCUCUCCCCGGUUCUUUUGCUGACAGCAGAGGUUUCUGUUGUUUAAACGUUGCAUUGUCCAUGCAUAUGAGAUUGGAGACUUGGCUGGUUUCCAGGACUCCAGACUCUAGCGUGGGAUCCCGUGUAUGUUAACCCGGUCCCUGCUGGGAGCCACAGUUUGUCUGCCCCUAGCUGGUCACCGGGCAGGGCCUGUGAGUUGAAGGAAGAGCUAGGUUCUUCCCACAGAUGGGCUGAAAACCAGUAAAAUUCCUCUCUGAAUGUGGAGCGGGGUCUCUGCUCCUUCUACCCCAGCACCAGGGCUGUAAAGGUUGAGUGUAAAUAAGAGGGUGCGUCGGUGUAAAUAGUGAUUUCUACUGCAAUAAACCCCCUUUGUGUAGGAAGCUC